CAUGUCCACGCCCGCCCAGAAGUCCUUCAUCGCCCAGAUCGACGCCAACAAGGCGGCGCUGAUCCAGCGUCUCGCCGAUGCCGUCGCCAUUCCCUCGGUGUCCGGCGACGCCAAGUACCGCAAGCACGUCUUUGAGAUGGCCGACUGGCUCAAGGCCGAGCUCGAGAAGCUCGGCUGCACCGCCGAGCUCAAGCCGCUCGGCAUGCAGACGCUCGACGGCCAGCAGGUCGAGCUGCCGCCCGUCAUCUUUGCCGACUACGUCACCGGCGGCAAGGGCAAGAAGACGAUUCUCGUGUACGGCCACUUCGACGUGCAGCCCGCGCUCAAGUCCGACGGCUGGAACACGGAGCCCUUCGAGCUCGUCACCGACGAGGCCACGGGCCGCAUGUACGGCCGCGGCUCCACCGACGACAAGGGCCCCAUCCUCGGCUGGCUCAACGUCAUUGAGGCGCACCAGCAGGCCGGCAUCGAGCUGCCUGUGAACCUCAAGUUCUGCUUUGAGGGCAUGGAGGAGUCUGGCUCCGUCGGCCUGGACGCGCUUAUCGAGAAGGAGAAGGACAACUUCUUCGCCGGCGUCGACGCGUGCUGCAUCAGCGACAACUACUGGCUCGGCACCAAGAAGCCCUGCCUCACGCACGGCCUGCGUGGCAUCUCCUACUUCAAGCUCUCCAUCUCAGGCCCCGGCGCCGACCUGCACUCCGGCCUCUUCGGCGGUGUCGUGCACGAGCCGAUGACGGACCUGUUCCACAUCAUGUCGAGCCUCGUGACGCCGCAGGGCGAGAUCCUCAUCCCCGGCAUCAAGGAGCAGGUGCUCGAGCUGACGGACGAGGAGGCCAAGCGCUACGACGUCAUGGAGUUCGGCCUCAAGGACAUGGACGACGCCACCGGCUCCAGCACCACCAUCUCCGACCGCAAGCAGGACGUGCUCAUGGCGCGCAUGCGCUACCCGAGCCUGAGCCUGCACGGCAUCGAGGGCGCCUUCGCCGAGGCCGGCACCAAGACGGUCAUCCCGGCCAAGGUCAUCGGCAAGUUCUCACUGCGCCUCGUGCCGGACAUGACGCCCGAGAAGGUCAAGGAGGCCGUCGUGAAGUUCGUCGAGGAGAAGUUCGCCUCGCUCAAGAGCAAGAACACGAUGAAGAUCGAGCUCGAGAGCGCCGGCAAGCCGUGGCUCGCCGACCCGAACCACUGGAACUACGCCGCCGCCAUCAAGGCCACCGAGACGGUGUACGGCGUCAAGCCGGACCUGACGCGCGAGGGCGGCUCCAUCCCCGUGGCCCUCUCGUUCGCCGAGGUGCUCAAGAAGAACCUGCUGCUGCUGCCGCUCGGCCGCGCCGACGACGGCGCCCACUCGACCAACGAGAAGCUCGACAUCUCCAACUACAUCGAGGGCACGAAGCUGCUCGGCGCCUACCUGCACGAGAUUGGCGCCACUGCCUAGAGCGGCCCCGGCUCUCCUGCGUGGUGAUGCUGUGCUUCCAUGUCAUCUAGCUAGAAUAUACGACGUGAUUUGCUC